GGCGAGGUUUCGCUAAGUCAGACGUUUUCAAGAAGUCCGACUAAGCAAGAGCUUCGCUUCACAGGACAUUGGCUAAGUCGCACACACUUCUUCCAUUCCCCUCUAGGGAUACGAUUUAACGACAGUCCAUUAGCCAGCAUACUUUUUCUUACCACUGGGAAAUCAGAUUAUAAGGUUGGUCGCAAACGUUUUUUCUGCUCUAAAUCAGAAUAUUGUCCGCGAUUUUUGAUUGGUAACUUAUAUUGUUUUUCAGUCACGUGAUCAUUAUCGGGAAGUCCUUAGUUAUCCUUAGUUCACACACCGGAACAGAUAUAAAUAUAAUCGUACUAUUUAAGAAGGUAAGAUGUGACCACGCUGGCUUUGUGCUUAUUGUUGAUUCUAAUUCGGGAUUUGUUCUAAGAAAUGAUUUUGUGUUAAUUGGUGGAUUUGAAUUUUAGGGAUUUGCUCUGACACAUUCGUUUGCGUCUAAGCUUUCGUACGAGAAAAACUAAAUUUUGAUAACCUCGAAGAAGCUUAGUUAACUAGAUCAGCUCUCUACAAACCGGACACUAUUCUCCAAUCAUGUGGUAACAUUUUAUUUGAAAUUUGCCAACUUAAAGCAAACAUUAAGCAGAAUAUAGGGGAUUACUUCAGAAAAAUCUGGGGCCGGGGCAUCGAGAAGCAUUGGUCAACAUUCCCCGUUUUAUUCAUCCGGUGUCGAACGGAAUGCUGUGUGCAUUGAUAAUGGCGGAUUUGCACGUGAAAACUGCUAAAUGUUUUUUACAAUGAGUCCUACGCUGGAAAUAGUAAGAAGAAGUUCAAGCUGUUUAACUAAGACAAACGAAUGGAGUAAGACGGUUUUGUUGGAACUUAAGGAGCUGUUAUGUGGAAACAAAUUGAAACAGUUCUCUGGUGUUUGCCUGUUGCAUGUUGUAUUGGAGAAAUGUGACUCUGAUGUGUUUGAAGAGAACGCCACAACAUGGAUACGCUUCAUGCUGCAAAUCGCAAAUACUGUCCCUUCUGAAAAUAUUUUAAGCCUUUGUUUAAAUAAUCUUCAGCAAAUGAUCACAAAGUCUGUUCGUUAUGAUAAACUAAAUAGAGAUGUUGGUACAAAAGGGAUAGACACACUUUUGUCUUUUCUUAUUGGACCAACUAUUUCACCAUUGCCAUCAACAUAUAAACUGAUCGAAUCAUGCAUCACUAAUUAUGGACACGUGUGUGGACGUUUUCGUUCAGGAUUUGAAAAACUGCUUCUUGUUGGCAUUGAUCAUCACGAUAAGCACAUCAGAUCUGCAGCCGGUCAGUGUUUUCCUUCUCUCGCACUUUGUGGUUCAAGUGGAGAGAAAAGGCAAAAGCAGAUAGAUAGUUUUCACUUGUUAUUAAAACGUGUCAUGAAAACAGCACACCAUUGUCUGGAUGUUAUCGUUGUUGAAGUAACCAGCUGUGACACAAAGAAAAACGAAGAAUCUGGAGGAAUUGACAUUUUACAGUUUGAAACAGCUAUGGAGUCUGUUGACUGCAAAUUAACUACCUAUUGUAAUCGACUGACAAAUUUAUUUGCUGUUAUCCGGCAUUUUCUUUCUCGAUCAUAUCCGUUUGUUGUUGAAAUUCCGAUUUCUUUGCUAAUGCAGUUGCUAUGCGAUGUGUCAAAUUUACCACAUUUGGAACUUCGGAGUAUUUAUCAAACCGACUUAGCAAUGAAAAUGUAUAUUUCGAAAUUGUUGAACGGAGUGUUAUCAUGUUUAACGGUGUGCAUAAGGCAACUUCCAAGUCUUUUGCUACCAUAUUACCCAGUUAUUUCCAAAAUGGUUGCUGUAGCUACGUCAUUUCGGGAGCUAAGCGAUCGCAAUGAAGUUUACACCUGUAUGUAUAAUAUAAUCGAGCAUUGGAAAGCUUUGCCAGAUAAUGCAACUCUUUUAGAUGAAAUAAUUCAACCUGUCCUUCAAGAUGUUAGUAUAAUUACUGAAAAAGAGAAACAUGUUAUUGUUGAAGCUGAUUUGAACAAAAAAAAGAAAAAGAAGUUGGGUCAAAAACUCAGUCAAGACAUUGCCAAUAAAAACAGAACUUCGACGAUUGAAAAUUUCAAGGCAAUUAACUCUGCCAAUGGGUUGAAGUUAUUGCAUAGAAUCGUAAGGAAUUGUGGACCUGUGAUACCUGCUAAUACUUUGAAGAAAAUCGUUGCAUGUCUGGUCAGGACUUCAACAACACUUCUAGCUGCAGAUGCACUAUCGAAAAUCCCGUACAAUUGUAAAGAAAAUGUAAUUUUACUGUUCAAAGUUGUCUAUUCUAUUUUGGCUUUGUAUCAUCACUCAGUGCCAGUGCCCACUUCAGUAUUGUUGUCACUGUUCGAGCAGGGUGCUAAAUAUGGAAACCAGGACGUUUCGACGUACUGUCAAAGCUGCUUGUAUGAUUGCGAUCGGUUUCUACAUGGUGCUCAACCUUGUUUGCGUGAUUAUUCUGAAUACAGUGUUGAUGCUGAAAAUGAAAACAACGAGGUAUCGCACGUAAGUUCUUCACCGGACCCUUUCUGCGCAACUAUACAAGCCGUUACUCAAAAUUCAACACAAAACUCAAAGGAGGCUACAAAAAACUUAAACGAGGUUACGCAAAACUCAAAUGAGGCUAUACAAAACUCAAACGACGCUACAAAAAACUCAAACAAGGCUACACACGAAUCGUCUACUACUAAGAAAACAAUCGCAACAGAAGCAACGACUCCGCAAAAAUUUGCUUUAAUGGAAACACUGCCCGAAUGUGUUAGGAAGAAUACCACAAGUCACGUGGUUGAAAUUCAGCCAGUAAUAAAAGAUCUUUCUCAUCGUGUGUGUAAAUCAGCUGACCAUGUUAUUCGGGAAAAACAAACUCCGGACCUGCCAAGGAGACCAAGUUCAGAACCAGCCGUGACGUGUUCAGGGAAAGUUCUGUGUUCCCCAAACAACAAAAGAAACGACGGAACAAACGAUGACGCAGCGGUUGUGAUAAGCAGUGGAGAAGAAGAGGAUAGAACUGAAGAUCUUGAAAUGAUCAGUUCGCGAAAACGUGGUAGAAAAUCAAACACAGAGACAAUUGGCGAUGACGUUGAUUUGACAGUGUCUAAACGCAAAAAAGUUUAUUCACCUUCUAAGGAAAACAAUAAUGAUAUUCAAAAAGAGCAUGAUGGUGCUGUCGAACAUGAAGUCGAGGCUAUAUUACGUACUUUUUGUGAAAUAGAGGCUGAUUAAACUUUAAAAUAUCUUUUAAGCAUAUAUUUUACUAUAUUCUACCAAAUAUAAAAGUAUAUUUAUCCAUAUAUUAAUAAAUGGCUACGGGUGAUUGAUUUUAGCGUUUUUGUGAAUCAUAUUGUUUUCUUAUUGUUUGAUAUGCUUUAAUUCUCAAAAAUUUUAAGUUCCUUUUA